GCAUUGUGAAUGACAAUCACCACUUGACAGUUGUGAUUAUGCUGCCAUCCCAAAGGAGGGCUUUGUCCCUUGAUCCCAUGGGAGAAAUUUCUUCAAAUCUGAAAAGGUGCCAGGAUGUUACAAGGGCUUUUUUGCAACACAAGGGAUGCAAUGUGUCAAGAUGGUCUUGCAGUACGCUGCCUCACCCAAAGCAAAAAGAUGGCACAUCAUGUGGUGUCUUUGCUUUGAAAUUUGCAGAAUUUGUACUCAGAGAGGAGCCAAUUGUUUUUCUUAAUACGGCAGAGGGAGUGGAAGAAUUGAGGAAAGCAACAGCUGUCACUCUUCUACAAAACAGUGAUGACCUUAGCCAGCUGAGCCAUGCCUGUGGAGAAGAAAGUGGAGAUUAUAACUGGAUUGCCUGUGACUCCUGCAAUCGUUGGUACCACCAAUCAUGCGUCCAGGGGAAAUCAAAUGUGUAUUUUCUGUGUGCUGCCUGUUAAAAUUCUGCUGACAUGAAGAACACAUACAAAGAUGCUUGUGUAAAU